ACCUACUUUUAGCCAAAUAAAGUGGAUAUCACAUGCUAUACUCAUUGUUUAAGCUAGAGCCUUAAGCCUUAACAAAAAGUACAAUUUAUUCUUAAUCUUCUUUCAAUUAAUCUCCAAUGAAGCAUAUAGGAAUCUAACUAAUAUAGAUAAAUAGCCAAGUCAAUCUCUCCAAAUAUAAGUUGAUGGUAAUUUUUCUUCUUAAACAUCAAACACUACAAGUAAUACGCAUCAAUUAACUCGGAACAACUUCCUUACAACCUAUAGCCGGGAUAAACAACGUGGUCCAUGGAUAAAACUCAUAAAACAGCUCAAAAUCCAAAUCUCGUCCAAAAAAGAAACAAAAAGAAAAAGAAAAAGAAGGCAGGUAAGAGUACAGAAAACGAGGGAGAAAGAGAAAGAAAAUAUACUCUUCUUUCUCUCUCCUCGAGUAACAGAAGCAGCUCCUCUGUCUUAAUUCCUAAAUUAGUACUUUCUCUUUCCUACUUUUCUUCUUCUCCAACGGCCAUUUUCACAAUACCAUGACUCUUUCACUCUAUCAAUUUCCCAGAUUUAUCAAAACCCCUUAAUCAUCAUCUUCUUCUUCAACCUUCAAGCAAUCAUCAAUGGCGUCUUCACCAUCUUCAAACCCCAACUUUCUCUCUCCUCCUUCACCUCACCUUCACCACCACCAUCAUCACAUCACUGCUUCUCGUCUCCUCCCACCUCUCCUCGGUGCUACCCUCACUUUCUCUCUCCUCUUCCUCUUCGCCUCCUUCUUCCGCCGUUUCUUCCACCGCCUUAAACGCUCCCCUUCUCUCUCCUCUUCUUCACCCACCCUUCCUCGCCGUUUCUCCUUCUCUACUCUCCGACGCGCCACCGCUAACUUCUCCGCUUCCCGCCGGCUCGGUCAAGGUGGGUUUGGGUCCGUCUUCUCCGCCACCAUCUCUGUUUCUCGCACCCGGAAGCUAGCCGUUGCGGUUAAGUUGCUCGAUUGUGGGUCCCUUCAGGGUGAGCGUGAGUUUCAGAACGAGUUGAUGAUUGCGAAUAAGCUGGUUGAGUCGGAUCGAGUUGUGAAACUUCUGGGUUUUGCUUCGUCUCGGAAACGACGUCGUAUGUGUCUGGUUUAUGAGCUUAUGGUGAAUGGUAAUUUGCAGGAUUGUUUGCUGCAUAGGAAAUGCGAAGAGUUGAUGGAGUGGUCUAACAGGUUUCGGAUUGCUGUUGAAGUUGCUCAAGGUUUGGCAUUUUUGCAUCAUUGUUGUGAUCCUCCUGUAAUUCAUGGUGAUGUUAAACCUAGUAAUAUUUUGUUGGAUGAUUGUUUUAGGGCUAAGAUUGCUGAUUUUGGACUUGCUAGGUUAAAAUUGGGGGAAAUUAAUGAUGGGGUUGUUGUUAAUAUUGCUGGGGAUAAUCAGGGGAUUAAAGGGGGUUUUAAUGCUAGUGUUGAUAAUGUUGUUAAUAAUGCUAAUGUUGGUAUUGAUUGCAAUAAUAAUAAUAAUAAUAAUAAUAAUAAUAAUAAUAAUAAUAAUAAUAAUAAUAAUAAUAAUAAUAAUAAUAAUAAUAAUGUUGAUGUUGGGGUUGAGGAUACUGGGUCAGUGAUGGAAACUGAGAGUGUGACUACUACGGUGGGGUUUGAGGAGGGGAGUGUUGGGAUUGAUCUGUCUCCGAUGAGGAUAGAGACCUCGCCGGAGAUGGUGACUGCGAAGACGUCUCCUUCAGAGUUUAAUGAUAAGGGGUUUGAUUUAGAGGGUCAGUUUAAUAGGAUGGAUUUGGAAGAAGUUGGGAAAGAGGUGGGGAAAGCGCGGAGUUUGAAUGUCAGUGGAGGGGGGGCUGGGAGGGUGAAGGAUUAUGUGAUGGAGUGGAUGGGAAUGGAGGUUGGGAGGGAGGGUUUAGGUAAUGAUUGUAAUAAUGGGGGAGCUUCUUCGAGCUCUGUAGUGCCCAAGAAAGGUGGGAAGGCGAAAGGGAAGAUGAAGACGUUGGAUUGGUGGGUGUCGAUGGAAGAAGGGUGGAGUUCGAAGAAGGAGAAAAGGAGGCCGGCGAGGGAAUGGUGGAAGGAGGAGUAUGGUGAGGAACUUGCAAGGAAGAAAAAAAAGAAGAAAAAGAAAAAAAAGAAUCAAGAGUCCAAGAGUGAUAAUGAGGAGAAUUGGUGGCCUAGGGAUGAUGAGGUGUAUGCUGAUAAGAAGAACAAGAUGUAUAGUAGGAGUAGGAGGAGCAGCCGGAGUAGUGUUGAUUGGUGGUUGGAUGGUUUUAGUGGAGAUCUUAGGAAGGCCCGUCACACGAGCUAUGAUUCAAUGAGUGGGGAUAUCCCCAAGAGUGGUGGGAUUAGUAGCACCCCUAGUAUGAGGGGGACUGUGUGCUACAUUGCUCCUGAGUAUGGUAGUGGUGGUGAUCUCUCUGAGAUGUGUGAUGUGUACAGCUUCGGUGUGUUGCUUUUGGUUCUUGUUGCUGGGAGGCGGCCUCUGCAAGUGACUGGCUCACCCAUGUCUGAAUUCCACAAAGCAAAUCUUGUUUCAUGGGUACGUCAACUUGCUCGUUCUGGAAAGCUCCUUGAUUUGGUUGACAAGAGAGUUCGUUGUUUGAACAGAGAAGAAGCUCAACUCUGUAUCAUAGUUGCUCUCAUGUGCCUGCAGAAGUCACCAGCUCGUCGGCCUUCUAUGAAAGAAGUUGUAGGGAUGCUCUCUGGUGAAUUAGCUCCUCCUCAGCUUCCAAAGGAGUAUUCUCAAUAUCCUUUCAGGUCCCGGAAAAAGAAUUUCCGGUGAGGUUUUGUUCAAAAUGCUGCAAAUUAUGGUUCAACACUAUACCUAUUAUAGGGUUACUUGUUAGCACCUAGCCUUGCUGAUUUUUUAGUAAUUUUUUAUCUGGUGAGGGAUUGCAUAUUCUUAUUCUAUUGAGAGUUCUUGUACAAUAACUGUAACUCCUAAAACCUCAAUGUUGAGUUUACCUUCUUGUACAGCUAUAAGUUAUACUUGAAUGAAAAGAAAACAAUACACGUGCUUUGCAAA